AUGGAUAUUUGUAAAGUUUACAGACCGAAAUCUAUAGUAUUUUUAUAUCCCGAAUCGAUAAAAGAAAUGGAAAUGACAACGAUAAUGCUUAAAUGGGGACGGGCACUUUCUCGUGAAGGAGUAUCGAGCACGAAUUUGUACUUUUCACAACUGCAAGAAUCAUCGUACUACUUAACACAAACUAUACGACCGUAUUUCAUAGUGCUGAUCUCAAAUUUCAAUGCUAUUAAUGAGUUCUCUUUAGCAACAAGUACUUUUGAUAUGUCAUCAGCUGUGUGGCUAGUGAUAUUCAUUCACAAGGAAAAUAGUUUUAAUUAUUGUCACAAUCCACCAGGUAAUAUAUUUCAUUUAACAUUCAACACAGAAAUGAUGGUCCGUUGUAAUACGGAAAAUAUUUUACGAGAAUGGUAUUCGAUCGAUAUGAAUCAAAUCGAGAUGAUGGAUGUAGCAACUUGGAGUUUAGAGAAAGGAAUUACUAAAACAGUGCCAGAUUUUCUUUACAAACGAAGAAAUAAUUUAAAAGGUUUAAUUAUGAGAGCUGUUCUAGUGAAGGAUGCACAAUCCAUAAUUAAAAACAAGGAUGGCGAAGUAAAUAAUAUAUUUGAAGUGGAAGAGUAUGGGAAAUGGAAUCCAGAAAAAAAGACUUGGUCUGGUGGAAUUGCGGAAUUAUAUACAGGACGUGCUGACAUUUCUAUUUCAGAAUUUAUUAUUAGCAAGGAUAGAUUUAAUAUAGUCGACUUCACGCAUCCUGUUUUCAACUACAAGAAUAUUUUUGUUAUUCGAGAACCAAAAAAUUGUAUAAUUCAAUGGUCGUCUUACUUUUUAACAUUUACAAGUUCUGUUUGGUCUGCUGUGUUUGGAAUAUUAAUUGUUUCGUUGAUCUUCCUGGUCUUACUCAAAAUAAAAAUUGGAACCGAUCGCAAAAUAGGAUAUUUAUUGAUCGAUAUUUUUUUAGAAAUUUGGGGUAUAUUUUGCCAACAGGGACUUGCUGAUUUUUCUCCUAACUCUUCCUUACGAAUGGCAUACUUUUCCAUAUUUUUUUUCAUUAUCGUCUUUUGGGCCGGCUAUUCAGCUGCUUUGAUAAGCAUUUUAACGUCUGUAAAUCACGUCUUACCAUUUCAUUCAUUAGAGGAUUUCGUUGCAGAUGGUACUUAUCAACUUAUCAUUGCUCGUGGUACGGCUUACUUUGAUAAGUUUGCAAAUUCGAAAGAUCCAUUUGCACAGAAGCUUAUGAAAUUGAUACCAAAAGAUGAAGAAUUGCCCACCAACGAAUUUGAAGGAUUUGAAAGAGUUUGUAAAAAUGAGAAACUUGCACUAUAUAUGAGUGAUCAGUUGAAUUAUUUUGAAAAUUCAUGCGAUAUAGUUCGCAUUGAAACAGAACAUAUAAACUGGUUUGCUAUCAUCUUAUCUAAACACAAUCCAUUCACCGACAUCAUCAAUUUUCAGUUGCAGAGAUUUACCGAUAACGGUAUGAUAAAUCGUUUAAAAUAUAAAUUACUUAAAAAGGAAUUCACUGAUAUGAUCGAGUAUAAACCGGUUCGUCUAAUCAGCGUUAUACCUCUCAUUUGCUUCUUCUUAGUUGGUAUCGUUUUGAGUACUUGUAUUCUGAUCAUAGAAAAAUAUUAUAAUUUUUAA